AUGGGCGCGCUCUCGACCGAAGCGACGCUCUCCCUUGAACAGAACUUUCCGCCCAGCAAAGACUGGACGCCCGUUGUCUUCUAUCCAACAGCCGUACACGUAGUCGCACGGCUCUCUGCCCGUAUCUUCCUAGGGGAGGAGGCGUGCCGUAAUGAGGAGUGGCUACGCAUCACAGGCAGCUACGCUAUCGAUGCCGUCCAUUUCAUCCGCGCGCUACGGAACUGGCCUAUCCCAGUGCGCCCUAUCGUGCAAUAUCUUCUCCCGGAGCGACGACGACUAGCACGGUGCGAGCAAGAGGCACGAAAUAUCAUCGAGGCUCUUAUUGAAAAGAGGAGGCAGCAGUCCAAGGAUGCCGCCACUCCCGUUGAGUUCACGGAUGGUCUACAGUGGCAGGAAGAUGCGUCGAACAGGCAUCAAGAGGCAACGGAUGUGGUGGCUGGCCAGCUGGCGCUCGCACUCACCGCCAUCCACACAACAUCAUCGGCAUUGACGCGCGUGCUGUUCGACCUCUGUCAGCACCCCGAAUGGGUCGAGCCGCUGCGAGAAGAGGUACGCCGUGUGCUGGCCGAGGAGGGCGGAGAGUGGCGGAAGUCUACGCUGCUGAAGAUGCGGCUGAUGGACAGCGUGCUGAAGGAGUCACAGCGGAUUAGUCCCGUACAUUUGACCCUCAUGACCCGCGUCGCAAUGGCUGAUGUAACACUCCCAUCCGCUCCUGACCUACACAUCCCUAAGGGGUCCAUGGUGGCUGUCUACUCAUCCGAGGCGCUGCGUGACCCUGUCACUUUUCCGGACCCCGAACGCUUCGUUGGUGACCGCUUCCUCAGGUUGCGUGAGGAAGAGGGAAACAGGAAUAAGUGGCAGUAUGUAACGACCAGCGCACAGCACCUGGGCUUCGGCCACGGCACGAAGUCGUGUCCAGGCCGCUUCUUCGCCGCUGCCGAGCUGAAAGUUGCACUCGCGCACAUGCUGCUCAUGUAUGACUGGCGAUUCGCUGAGGGCUGCGAAGGAAGGAAUAUAGAGGUGGCGCAGGAUAUCAUCCCAGAUCCGACUGCGCAGGUUUGCUUCAAGCGCCGGUAUGAGGAUAUAUAG